AAAUGUCAAAAGUUUAAAAUCUGUACCUGUCGAAACUUGUGGUUGUACUUGCGAUUUGCUGAGUGCCGGCUACUCUUAAAUCUUAAUAACUGACGAGAAAACUGAAUAGAAAUCGCACAACAGCUCAUGUUAACCUAUUUAUCAAGAAGAUUUAUUCAAUCUAGUCUCUAUUACAAAACCAACAUGCGUAACGUAGAAAUCAAAGCAAAAGUUACAGACUUCGAAAAUAUUUGCAAAAUUGCCGAAAAACUGAGCGGCGGGCCGCCAACAUUAAUAAAUCAAGAUGAUACAUUUUACAAAGUAAAUGAAGGACGUUUGAAGAUGAGAAACUAUCUUGAUUCAUCAGCUGUGCUUGUAAGAUACGAUCGCGCUGACGAAGGAGGUCCGAAAAUUUGUAAUUACGAGCUGUUAAACUUUUCGGUCAACGAAAAUGAAAAGGCGAAGUUGUUGAAUGAAAUGUUAAAGAAAUGUUUGGGUAUUCGAGGCAGAGUCGUUAAGGAACGAAAACUAUACUUGGUUGACCAGACCCGCAUCCAUAUUGACACAGUUCAAGAUCUUGGCCAAUUCAUGGAGCUGGAAGUUGUUCUGCGACCAGAACAGACUCUCGAAGAAGGUCAGGCCAUUGCAAGAGACCUCCAGAUUAAGCUUGAAGUUAAGGAUGAAGACCUCAUUGACUGUGCCUAUGUAGAUCUGUUAGAAAAAAAAAGUAAUUGAAUA